CAAUAAUUUUCAAGUAUAUUAAUAAAAAAAAAAAUUCCUUUCCUCCGCUUCCGACUCCUCUCUCCUUCUCUCUCUCCACUUCGAUCUCUCAAAUUCCUCUUCCCGUCGAAUCGCCGAAUCAAGCUUCCAUGUCGGCGCUGUUCAACUUCCACUCGUUCCUGACGGUGGUGCUGCUGGUGAUCUGCACCUGCACCUACAUCAAGAUGCAGUUCCCCACCAUCCUCGAUCGCAAAACCGGAUUUCGUGGCUUCUUCUGGAAAGCAGCCAGAAUAGGUGAACGCCUAAGCCCUUGGGUAGCCCUCGGAUGCUUUAUAAUGGGGGUAUCGAUAAUCAUUUUCUGACACUCAGAUAUAUAUUGUGCCAACUUAUCUACCUGUAUUAAGUGGACUUGUGUUCAGGUUUUGUAGAAGACUUGUUAUCAUUUUUUUAAAAAAAUUCUCACUACUAAUGUUUUUUGCUCUAUUUGUUUGUAUAUUUUCUUUAUUUAUAAAUUCUUAGUGCAAACUAUUGCGACUCUUUCUGCA